AGCAUCAGCUGUUGCAAUACAAAGAUUUGCUACUCAACUCAACGUAUUGUUUCGCAGGCACAGGGAGACAUGUCCCGUCUGUAGCGGUGGCUUGAAGCCGAGAAAGAGAGAUGAGGUGGAAUAUAUCGGUGUGAAGACGUCUCUUUUUUUACGUUCACGACAGCGGAGCUCAUAUCGGUGUGUCUCAUCAGCUACCUACUAAUCUACUUCCGACCUUUACCGCCACUGUCGAGGUAGCCAUGGCGACCAGCGCUGUGCCAAGUGACAACCUGCCAACAUACAAGCUGGUGGUGGUGGGGGAUGGUGGUGUUGGGAAGAGUGCCCUCACCAUCCAGUUUUUCCAGAAGAUUUUUGUGCCAGACUAUGAUCCCACGAUCGAGGACUCGUAUCUGAAACAUACAGAGAUAGACGGGCAGUGGGCAAUACUGGAUGUGCUGGACACAGCAGGCCAAGAGGAGUUCAGUGCAAUGAGGGAGCAGUAUAUGAGGACAGGAGACGGCUUCCUUAUCGUCUUCUCUGUGACAGACAAGGCCAGCUUUGAACACGUUGACCGAUUUCAUCAACUCAUACUACGGGUCAAAGACAGGGAGGCCUUCCCCAUGGUGCUGGUUGCAAACAAAGUGGACUUGGUCCACCUGAGAAAGGUCAUAACAGACCAGGGCCAAGAGAUGGCUGCAAAACAUAAUAUAACUUACAUUGAAACCAGUGCCAAGGAUCCACCAAUGAAUGUGGACAAAGCUUUUCAUGAGCUAGUGCGUGUUAUAAGACAACAGGUCCCAGAGCGAAACCAGAAGAAGAAAAAGAAGAUGAAAUGGAGAGCAGAACGUUCCACAGGUUCCCACAGGUUCCACUGCGCCAUAUUGUGACCUCCCUUAUCCUCUUCAUCAUUCUUAACAUACGUAAAUCCACACAUACCAAACACCUUUUUGGAUGUCAGGGAACUCCCCCAUAGUUGUUAACUACUGGAGCACGAAAGGGCAGAGGAUGGACAGAAAAGAAGUGAAUCAAACGAUGGACUGAUGUCCCCUCAGCCACAAGGCCUUGGAAUGAGUGCUCUGCCCUCUUUAUGGUCCCUUUUCAAAGGUUUUUGUUCCCUCCUGUUGACAUUCGACACGGAACUACAGUGUCACCAGGCUGUUUCUCUAGCAAGUGUAAUUUUGGAAUUCACUAUCAAAUGUGGCACAAGACAACACACUGGGGAAAUCGACAGAUAGCAGGAUCACCUUAGAACUUCUGUCUUCUUGAGAAAGUGAAAGAAAACAGAGGCCUCUCAAAAUGGCAGAUCAGUGACCGAGUCCAACAAUGUGCUGGUCACCACUUCUAUCCUCACUCCUACAGUGUCUAGAAGAAAAGCACCUAUGUGAUCUCUAGAUAGGUUAUGUGUUCUCUUUUGGAUGUGGUAAGGGCACGGUGGAUGAUUAUGAGAAAGGUAACAGUCUUAUUUUAUAUAGUGAAAGUAAGUGUUGUGUGGUGUUGUUGACGAGUGACCUGUGAGUACAGCGCGUACCUUGUGGUUUUGAAACGUUAUCUCAAAAGGGUAGACGGACGUGCCAUGGCAAGCGAAAGAAACAUGACUUGAUGCUGAGAAAUGGUGUCAUAUUGGUGAAUGCUCUGGCCAUAUCAGCCCUUUGAAUAAGUGUUUAAAUAUUGUAGCUAUACAGAGGUUGGUCGGUGUAUGUAGUUACAUGUAAAUGUAACCGUUUAUACAGACGCUGUCAGGGACCGUGUUUACACACACUCUCUUAUAAAGGAUUAUUUUGUCCUCAUAUAUACAGACGGCAUAUAAAAGCCACUUUUUAUCACAUAUGUGAAAACAGUGGUUUAGUUGCCUCUGCAGUCGUUGGAAAUGGUAUGAGUACAGUCCUUGACCAGUACUACAUGAACAUUUUUGUUGUCUCAACAAAUUCUUCAGUUACUUUCCACAUGUUUUUGUAUCUUAAAAAAAUGGAGACAAUUAAUUAUAUUGUGAUACUGUAUUAAAAACAAUCUAGUUAUUGGGCACAAUGUGAUCAAAUUCAAUGCUGUUUUACAAAGACUCUGUAGGAGUUUCUUAAAGAAGUAUAAUAGAUAUUUGAUCCGAAAUGGGCUGGAGAUGCUGAUUUGCACUGGCCACUAACCAAAAUAAUGUGAUGUCACUUUAUUUCACAGGGGCUUUUCAGCAUUCACUGGAUUCAGGGCUGUGUUCUAAGAAGAAUCACACUCAGUAAAGGACAAUACUGCUUUGGGGAGUUAGGAAGCCUGUCAGAAAGGCGGUGUGAUGCUCCCGAGGGCUUAAAGCCAUGUUCACCUAGUGACAGACUACAUUCAGCUGUAGGAAACUCUACAGUCAAAGCAACAAAACAUUCUAUAUAUUCAUGUUUAUAGUCUUGAGGUGGGUAGGGAUGUACAGUUUAAUAACCUAUGAAAUGGCUUGUACUGUUAACGCACUAAAGUUUCAGUGGACAACCUUUUAGUCUGUAUGAAUACUGUCUCUUGAAGGAACACUUUUUUGCACUUUCCAUACAAUUUUUGACUUUCCUAUUGGCAUGUGUGAAAUAAAAGGCGUGGUCAAAACAAUUUGAUUGUAAGAUCAAAUAAAACAAGCAAAUAGGAAAUUAAGCGUUAUAGCUCAGUGUGCUUGUGUAUGGAAACAUUUCAUGUUAUUUUGCUUCAAAUUACGAAGGUUAUGUAGGAACAUUUAUUGAAUGCCAUACAAAUUCACCUCAGCAUGAAAGUGGGAAAUCAGCCUCAGCAAAAGAUGAAAUACAAUAUUAAUCUGCAUCUACUGGGACUUUGCAAAGAGUUGUCAGAGAAGCAUUGAAGAAGUAUUGAAUUAUUGAUUAGAGCAAAGACGCAUAAGACUCUCGAUCAUGGGAAAGGAAAAAGUUAUAAAAAAAUCUGAAUGU